UCCUCCAGCCGAUACAUCUCCCCCGCCCCCUGCGGGGUUUGUCGGCCAGCUGAUAUCUCUCUUCGAGAGCGGCGAGGCUGCGUCGUCUGACACCAACAGCACGUCGCCACACCGCUUCAUUUUUUUUUCCCGCCCUGGAAGAGUGGGGGGGACACACAAGACAGCCUGGCCAGAACUCCUUGCCAUUCAUUUUCCCUGGGACGGGAGGGGAUACGAGGGAGGGACUGGAGACUAUAGGACCACCUUGGUGACGGACACAUUUUGGGUUGUUUUUGUUGUUGCCUGUGACGGGUUAGACCAGGACAACGUUCAGGUUUGGGAGACAAGACAGGUGGUGCCAUGGCGUCGUUGGACAAGACCGGCUGGAGUGUGCCAAGACUGCUAGUUGCACUGCUGCUGGGUGUACUUCGGGUGAAUGGGUUGGAGGUGUCGACCGGAAAAGUGUCAACAGUCGAAGCGAUGAACGGCUCCACGGUGCUGAUACUAUGCACAUACAACUCCUGCAUUGGCAUUAGAGACCUCUUCUUCACCUGGCACUUCAACGGGACAGUCAAACUCUGUGAAGGGAGGAUUCCUAAAGAGGGUGUGGAACCCAAGGUGAAAGUGGAGCACAAGCGAGUAGAAUUUGUGGGCUCUACAAAAAGCAAAAAUAUCUCCAUCCUGCUGUGGAACAUCACCUUCGACGAUGACGGGGAGUACACCUGUUUUGCCAAAAAUCCUAAAGAGAAGGGCCGCAACCACAGCGCCGUAUUCACUCUCAAAGUGGUAAACGAAAUGCAAGAGGUCGACAAUACUUUGACAACGAUCAUCGUCGCCGUGUUGGGCGGAGUCAUCGGCUUAGCUAUCCUCGCCAUGGUGAUAAAGGCCCUGGUGGUUCACUUCCUGCUGAAGGGCGACGAGAAGAAUAAAGAGUGCCUGGUUAACGCCUCAGGGAACGACAACACAGAAAAUGGACUUACAGGAGCCAAAGCUGACAACAAAGGAACACCAAAGGCGUGACACGGAAUGAGCGAACGCUGGAUUCGUACAGGGAAGCAUAUUUGGCACGAUUAUAACAGGUUUGUGAAUCGAAAAAAAGUUUGGAAAUCGAGGUUGCACUGUACAUUGAAUACAUAUCUAUAUUCUAUAUCCAAAUAAGACAC